GUGGUGUAUGUGCCCCAGGCCAGGGAGAGGUUCACAGCCCCCUCCUUUAUGUACCGGGAUCGUUUCAGUCGCUUCCAGCCCACCUACCCCUACCUGACCCACGACAUCCACCUUCCCCCCACCAUCUCCCUGUCUGACGGAGAGGAGCCCCCGCCCUACCAGGGCCCCUGCACCUUACAGCUGAGGGACCCAGAGCAGCAGUUGGAGUUAAACAGGGAGUCGGUCAGGGCCCCCCCCAAUAGAACCAUCUUCCACAGUGAAGUGAUAGACAUGCACAGUGGAGGGGGGGGAGGGCCGAGACCACCCAGCAGUAACUCUGGUAUCAGCGUAGCCAACAGCCACGGACGCAUGGAACGCUCGCCUCCGGCAUAUUGCGAGGUGAUUGGUCACUUUUUUCACCACCCGCACAGCAGUAACCCACUCGGGACCUGGACUGGGGGUGGGACCAGCCAGCAGGGCCAAUCAGAAAGCACAAUACCUGCCAAGGCCAGGAAAGGGGAGGAGCUGAGGUGAGAUGGAUGAGGGACUAAGCUGUCUUAGACU